UCUACACCUUGUUUCCUCUCUGGCUGGCUGGCUGCGGAGGAAAGUUUGGAAAUGGCCUUUUCAUUGAUUAACGCUCAUUCAAAAAUGCAGCAAUCCAGGAAAUAAGCAUUGUCACUGGAAAAUGGUCAGGAAGAAAUCCUGAAGUCGUUUCCCCUACUAUCUCUUACUGAGUGGAAGAGAAAGGAAAAAAAGAACAUGAGGGACACAGGAGGAGAAGGAGGCGGCGGAGACAAAAUCUGUAAAUCUGAGAAGGAUCAGAGUUGGAUCCCCAAAAUCAUCAAGAAAAGAGUGUGCACCACCUUCGUAGAAGAUUCUUUCAGUAAUGGCGCGCUGUGUCAGUGUGGGGGUGCGAGAGAUGCCCAUGGCUCUGUGGCUCUCGGUGACUAUUUCAGCACAGCGAUUGUCAACCACUGGGACAGCGGCCAGCACUCCUCUGAAUACCCGACUGAUGCUUUCGGAGAAUUGCAGUUCGCAGGAGCCAGCAAGAGGCAUAGCUAUUUCCUGCGUCUGUCAUGGGACACCCCCGCGUCUAUGGUCUACACCCUGAUGACAGCCCACUGGGGUCUUUCUUCCCCCAACCUGGUGGUUUCUAUAGUGGGCGGAGAAGGCAGGACAAAGGUGAAGACUUGGGUGCGGGAGGUACUCAGGCAGGGACUGGUGAAAGCCUCACAAAGCACAGGUGCGUGGAUCCUGACAGCAGGCUUGCGUGAAGGCGUCGGCAGGUGUGUUGGAGAGGCGGUGAGAGAUCACGCCACUGCAGCCUCAUCGGUGUCCCUCAACAAGGUGGUGGCGCUGGGCAUUGCUCCCUGGGGCCUGGUGCACAACCGACAGCAGCUGAUCAACCCUCAGGGCAGCUUUCCUGCUAAGUACUACGUCCAGAACACGUCCCGGGACUCCUGCUGCCUGGACAACAACUACCAGGCCUUCCUCCUGGUGGAUGAUGGAAGUGUCGGACGCAGAGGAGGAGAGACGGGGUUCAGGGCCAAACUGGAGGACUACAUCUCCCACCAGCGUACAGGCAUCUGGGGCAGCGGCAGCAUUGACAUCCCUGUCCUUUGUAUGCUGGUGUCUGGGGAAGCCAGCAUGCUCGAGAGAGUGGAUCUGUCCCUGAAAAACUCCAUGCCCUGGCUGGUGCUGGCUGGCUCAGGAGGCCUUGCCGACUUUUUGAGCGACGUCUUGGCGAGUCUGUCGUCAGCCACGGUCGUCCAGUCCUCUGGUGAGGGAGAGGGCGAGGCAGGCCCCAGCGUGGAUCUGAAGGACAGAGUGGCAGAUCGGAUUAAGAAGCACUUCCCGUCUGAAGCGGACUCGGACAAACUAGUUGAACGGGUCCUGAGCAUCUACCAGAACAGAGACUUCAUCACAGUCUACCACGGAGAGCAGGAGGGCCCAAAUGAGUUUGAUACAGUCCUGCUCAAAGCGCUGGUGGGAGCAAGUAAGCAGCGUGUGUCAGUGGAUGCCAGCCCUUACAAUGAAGAGCUGAAGCUAGCGGUCACGUGGAACAGGGUUGACAUUGCCAAGAGUGAACUCUUCAAUGGAGACAUUCAGUGGAGGUAUGAAGACUUGGAGGACUCCAUGACAGACGCCCUGGUCAACGACAAUCCUCAGUUUGUGCGUCUCUUCACUGAGAACGGCCUCAACAUCCUGGACUACCUGACCUACGGCAGGUUGGAGAGCCUCUACCGCUCGGUGGCCGAUGGGACGGUGCUUUAUCAGCUCCUUCAGCGCCGUCUGGCGGAGCGGCUGGGAACUGCAGCCCCCGUGCCAACGUCAAACCUGUCGGACUCGCCUUCCAGAGUGGCAACAGAGAACAUACAGAGUGGCCCGGUGACGGAGAUCAGCCUUUUUGAGGUUUCAGGGGUGCUGGAACUGUUGAUGGGUGACGUCUGCCAGCCAUUUUACUACGAUGCUUUGGGCUUAGAGCAGAUGACAUCCAAGAGGAGAGCUCUGAGGCGUGCCAGUAAGCUGCUGCGUGGAGACUGCUUGUAUCGGGAGAAGCGCUGCCUCUUCCCCUGGGCUUCUCUCUUCAUCUGGGCCGUCCUCCAGAACCGCAGCGAGAUGGCCACUUUCUUCUGGGAGAUGGCAGGGGAGUCGGUGCUGAGUGCUCUGAGUGGCUGUAAGAUGCUGAGGGAAAUAUCCAAGCUGGAGGUCGAGACUGAGACCAAACUGUCCAUGAAGGAGCUGGCCCAGAGGUUUGAGAACCUGGCACACGACGUCUUCAGCUCUUGCUAUCGGAGCAAUGAGAGUCGAUCGUUCACCCUGCUGAUCAGGAAAUCUCCAGUUUGGGGUGGCACCACUUGCCUCCAGAUGGGCAUGGGUGCUGAUGCACGACUUUUCUUCAGCCACGACGGAGUACAGUCUUUGCUGUCCCAGAUCUGGUGGGGGGACAUGAAGAGGAACACAGAGGUGUGGAAGCUCCUGCUCACCUUCUUCUGCCCCAUCCUCUGCUACACCAACCUCAUCUCCUACAGGGAACAAGAGGACCAUCACCAAGACGAUGAGGGGAAGCCUAACGAGGACGGGAUGGGCAGGGACAACGACAGUCUCUACGGCACCACUGUCUUCUCGUUCUCGGACAUCAAGCACAUUGAAGCUGACGCACAAGGUCCAAUCACUCCCAGAACAGCAACCAUUAAAGGCAUACCCCAGUCACGCAGGCCACCAAAGCGUCCGUUCAUAGUGUCAAGAUGGCGAGAGUUCUGGUUUGCACCCGUCACCUCAUUUUUGGGCAACGUCCUGAUGUACUUCCUCUUCCUCCUGCUGUUUGCGUACGUGCUGUUGGUGGACUUCAAGCCCCCGCCACCCGAAGGUCCGGCCAUCACUGAGUAUGUGCUGUACUUCUGGGUAUUCACCAUCGUGUGUGAGGAGAUCCGGGAGACGUUCUUUCUGGGGACGAUGAGUUGGCGUCAGAGAAUGAGAGUGUACAUUCAGGAUGUGUGGAACAAGUGUGACCUCACCGCUAUCUCGCUGUUCAUCAUCGGAGUAAUCUGCAGGAUGUUCAAAGUGUCAUACGGAUUUGGCCGAGAGUUCCUGUGUUUGGACUACAUGGUCUUCACCCUCCGUCUCAUUCACAUCUUUGCCAUUCACAAACAGCUGGGACCAAAAAUCAUCAUUGUCAGCAAGAUGAUGAAGGACGUCUUCUUCUUCCUGUUCUUCCUGAUGGUGUGGCUCAUGGCAUACGGAGUAGCCAAUCAGGCUUUGCUCUACGCCUACGACCCGAGCUUAGAUCGCAUCUUUCGCCGGGUUUUCUACAGACCGUACCUGCACAUCUUUGGACAGAUCCCUGUGGAGGAGAUGGAUGUUGGAAAGACAUGGGACAUGGAAUGCACGCACAACAUUACAAUGAUCGAGAACGGUGCAGAGCCGUGCAGGACGAUGUAUAGUAACUGGAUAGUGGUCAUUCUGCUGAUUGUUUAUCUGCUGGUCACCAAUAUCCUGCUCAUCAACCUGCUCAUUGCCAUGUUUAGUUACACCUUCUCUGAAGUGCAGGCGAACAGCGACAUCUACUGGAAGUUCCAGCGCUACAACCUGAUCGUCCAGUACCACUCCCGCCCCUCCCUGGCUCCUCCUUUCAUCAUCCUCUCGCACAUCAAUCUCUUUAUUAAGAGGCAGAUCCGCAAGGUGCCCUCCGUCAAGAUCCACCACUUUGUAUUACAGUUAAAAGGGAAAGCAGCCAACAGGCUAAUGACGUGGGAAACCAUUCAGAAGGAGGACUUCCUGACCGCCCAGAAUAAAAUCCAGAAAAGCAGCGACUCAGAGAGGCUCAAACGGAUGUCUGUCAAGGUGGAUGGUGUGCUCAAACACGUGACUGAAAGCAGAGACUUUGAACACAGGCUGAGGGCUUUGGAGAACGAGAUGGAGUACUGCUCAAGUGCUCUCAGCUGGAUCGUGGAUACUUUGGCUCAAGGCAGCACAUUCAAACCCCCUCGGCCUCCACCUACGCUUAAAGAUUCGUUCCCGUCCUCUUCCAAUUCCACCUGAUUCAGCCUCUGUGGUGCCUUUACUUGCUCAGGGUCGGUAUACCUCGGCUGCUCCCCCAGUCGUACUGUUUGCCAGCCACGUUCAUCACUGGACUCAGUUACGGAAUAGUUUUAAAUGUUCUCAACUACAAAAGCAUGUAGCAGAGAUCACUACUUGUUACAGUAUUGAUUACAUGCCAAAGCUGAUAUUUUACAGGUGCAAUCAAUCUUAUAAGAAUGCCAAAGUCAAGUGUAUAUAUUUAUGAUAUGGCAUGAUAUAUUUUAUGUUUUGUUUUCCAGUGCUAUCAUGUCUUUACUGCUGUUAUUUUUAAGGUUUUUAUAGAGGUUUUUACUGCGAUACAUGAUAUAGUUUACAGGGGUUACAUUGAAUGUCACUCAUAUGCAUGUGCAUAUUGUGAUACUGUUGUGUUCAGUUACUUUCUGGCAACCUUAAAUGUUGAAUCAUGUAUUUGUGUUGCUACAUUACUUUAUUCUGUUCAAUAAAUUGUAUAUACGGUGUAA